AUGCAGAGAGGGGUCUGUGGGGUCAUUGGGUGGUGUGUAGGGACCCUGAGAGUGGAGCAGCAAAAGGAGGCACUGGAGAGGACCUGGCAGCAGGUGCAGGGCGGUGGGACCCCCUCACAGAGGGACCCCCCUGCCACCCCCCCAGAGUCACUGCAGAGAGCGCAGCUGCAAGGGAAGGAGGUGGAUGCCAAAGGUCAGAGGCACUGUGGGCUCUGCCUGGAGCAGCAGCAGGACCUGGAAGGGACAAAGCAGCAGUGGGAGCAGCUGAAAAACCUGUGCCGGGAACAGAGGUGGCACUACUGCCAGCAGCUCGAGGCCAUCACGGAGGAGCUCAAGCACCUGUGUAUCACACAUGCUCCAGCCCACCUGAAGGCUGAACUGGUGAAGCUGGAGAAGAUGAAGGAGAAGUGGCUGAGCUUGGAGCGCCAUUUGAUGGACACCGAGGAGCAGCUGGGCCCAGAGGGAGCUGUGCUCUGGCGAUUGGUGCAGCAGGAGCAGGAGUGGGCGGAGCGACAGCUGGAGGUGGAGCUGGGCCGGCAGCAGCUGAGCCUGCAACGCCGUGACAGGUUGGCAGAGGAGUUGCAGCAGCUGCAGCACUCCCAGGAGGCUCGCCCAGAGUGACAGGCAACGAGAUGGACACACC